AUUCAUAAACAACACCAAACACAUCAAAAACUUUAUUUACAAACAAACCCAGAAAAAGUUUCGACGAUUUCUUCCCGAGAAAUUCUUUCUGCAGAGAUGGAGAACUUCCCAGUCAUCAACAUGGAGGGUCUCAACGGUGAGGAGAGAGCUGCUACCAUGAAGAAGAUUGAAGAUGCUUGUGAGAACUGGGGUUUCUUUGAGCUGGUGAAUCAUGGGAUCCCAAUUGAGCUGCUGGACACUGUCGAAAGAUUGACAAAAGGGCACUACAGAAAAUGCAUGGAGCAGAGAUUCAAGGAAAUAAUGGCGAGCAAGGGCUUAGAUGGUAUCCAAACAGAGGUCACUGAUAUGGACUGGGAAAGCACCUUUUUCAUACGCCAUCUCCCUGAGCCUAACAUAGCUGAGAUUCCAGAUCUCGACGAUGAAUACAGGAAAGUGAUGAAAGAAUUUGCUCUGAAACUGGAGAAAAUAGCAGAGGAGCUUCUUGAUUUGUUAUGCGAGAAUCUCGGGCUGGAAAAAGGGUAUUUGAAAAAAGCAUUUUACGGGUCAAGAGGUCCAACUUUCGGCACCAAAGUCAGCAACUACCCUCCAUGCCCUAAACCAAACUUGAUCAAAGGGCUCCGGGCACACACCGACGCCGGCGGCAUCAUCUUGCUCUUCCAGGACGACAAAGUCAGCGGCCUCCAACUCCUCAAAGACGGCAAAUGGGUUGAUGUUCCACCAAUGCGCCACUCCAUUGUCGUCAACCUCGGCGACCAACUCGAGGUGAUUACCAACGGGAAAUACAAGAGCGUGGAGCACAGAGUGGUGGCACAAACCGACGGGACGAGGAUGUCGAUAGCUUCUUUCUACAACCCCGGAAGCGACGCCGUGAUUUAUCCGGCGCCGAUAUUGGUGGAGAAAGAAACAGAGGAGAAGAAAACAGCGUACCCGAAAUUCGUGUUCGAGGAUUACAUGAAGCUGUAUGCUGGGUUGAAGUUUCAGGCCAAGGAGCCGAGAUUUGAUGCCAUGAAAGCGGCCGCAAAAGCUUAAAUCUUAAACCGGGGCGGGCAUCAAAUUCACUACUUGGGCUUGAUUUAGAAAAAUAUAGUUAUAAAAAAGAUGGAAGUGAAAGAGGAGAUAUUUAAUUGGGUAUUUUAUGGUGAAGAUUAAGUAAAGAGUAAAAAGGAUUGUUGGAGUGUGGGAAAACGGUGUCGUAUAUAGAGUUAUUGUUUGUAGACAGGAACAAAAUUAAACCAUCCUGCAAUGCUAUUUAAUCUAAUAAAGACAAAUCUUUUUUGUCUUU